AUGGUGCAGGACCAGCAAAGCCGGGGUGUGCUAGCGCGCAUGCAGCUUGCAAGUGACGGCUAUGAAGCCUCCUGCGCUAGCAAGGUUCCGCGCGGUCGGGCCCUGGAAGGGCCCCGAGGCAGCCUAGGAUGUGCAGCUACGGACAUUAAAGUUGAGACCGGCCUAGCACCUGCGCCACCGCUUUCCCCUUCCAGGCUGCGCCUAGCCCAAUAUGGAAGUCCCAUAGCAACCCGCGAUUCUGCCGUCCUUCUUUUGGACGCGUUCGACUUUCAUCCAACGUCAAACCUCAACCUCAACCUCAACGUCGGCAUCAACAGCGUCUGCAGCAUCGGCGGCAUGCAAUGCACGCACCAGUCUGUCCCUUCAGCCUCUCUGUUCUUCGUCCUGAUCGUCUGCUUGGCGCUGCCAGGCGUCAAGUAG